GCCGAGCCGGCCGACGUUGCUGGUGCCGCGCGAUCCACUCCACCGCCGUCCACACCUCUUGUCGCCUCCGACUCCGACCUCGCCGCCGCCGCCGCUACGCUGCUCGGCGUCCGGCCUUCGUCGGAUCUCGUCACCUCGCGCGAGACGAGCCGACGCCGGCAUCGGCUGGGGUUGGCGGUUCGGCCCCCUGGAGGCUCCAGUGCUUCAGUAUCCGGACGGUUGGGUCCGGGCUCUCCGUCCCGCCCCCAAUCCCUCUCUCGAGGUCUCUCCGCCGGCAAGAGUCAAGAGCCGUGAAAUCCUUAAUCCUGAGUUGGGCACUGGCAUUUGGCUCAGUGGUUUUGUGAUGGGAGGCUCCUCAGUUAGGGAUGGAACUCUGUCUCUUGGUGACUUUGUGGCCUCCACAAAGGCCCUGGUUGAGAAGUGGGAGAAGAUUGAUGUAGGCAGUUCUCUUCCUGACUGGCAAUGGAAACCUCGCUGCAAGAUGGAUGCUCAAUCUGAGGAAGAGGGCUACCUAGCUCUUGAAGGAGUAUACCGCAAUCAUGGAGGAAGGCAGGAACAAAUCGAAGAUGGCAAUGACUUCAAUGAUGCAGACAAUGUCACGGAUGAUACCUGGGUCCAGAGCUCUAGUGAUAAUGUUCAUGUUUACGAUUAUCAUGUUGUCUACAGCUUUUCUUAUAAAGUUCCGGUGCUAUACUUUCAGGGUCAUCAUGCUGGUGGCCAGCUGCUAACUCUAGAUGAGAUAAAAGAGGACCUUCCCUCUCACUCACUUAAAAUAUUAGGUGAAUCAAAGUGGACGUUUAUUACUCGAGAGGAACAUCCCCACUCGAGUAGACCAUGGUUCACUCUGCAUCCCUGUGGAACCAGUGAUUGUAUGAAGUUACUUCUUGAAGGAAUAGCAGAAAAGGAUCAACAGUUGCAAUACUUACCGGCAUGGCUAUCUGUGGUUGGCCAGGCAGUAGGACUAAAUAUCCCACUUGAGCUUUAUGCUUCUGGGUUGAAGACACAGGAGUAGCAAUUGGUUGUCAAUCUGCCAUUUUGGUUCUUGCAAGUACGCCAGCAACAUAUUCCUUUUGCGCCAACGCAUCUGAGAUGCAUGUCUCCUGGAGGCAACUGCGGAUCAACUUCCUAAAAAGCAAACUGAAGAUCAACUGACCUAGUACUGGACCAUAUCAAUUUUGUUUAUAAGCUAAGGGAUAAUCCAGGUUCUGAUUUUUCAUUACCAAAACUAGAAACUGGAUCAUAUCGAAGGCCAGCCUCAAAUGUUCCAUUUUCCUUUGAAGAUUCAUUAGUCAUAAAUGUUGCUUUCUCGACCGGAGCAUUUAAUUUGAAGAGUCACAAACAUAGUGAUCACCCAUGUCAACACUAUUGCUUCCCAUUAGAAAAGAGUUGACGAAUCUGAGGAUUUGGGUAGUUGAAAAUAGAUACUA